CACAGAUAAGUGUCGCAAGGAAAUCAGUAAAAACCAGGAGGACAAUACAGUACAAAAUCAGAGGACGGAGGGUAGUCAACAUAGCCAAGUUAGAACCAGAUGGGUAUCACAGUACAAAAUGACAAGACAGAGGAAGGUCAGAGUCAAGCCGAGGUCAAUAUACUAAACAAUCCAAAACACUCAGAGACAGAACCAGGAGCACAAAAAAGGAUUAAACCUAUAAUGGCAAGGGUGAAUUGCCAGCAAGGCAUAUAAAUAGAGCACCGAGUCCCAGGAUCAGAACCUGAAUGGCCCAUGCUCCAUUAGACACAGCACACAGGAACAGGACAACAGAAAAAUCAAGCACUGCUAGUUUUCCUCCAGAACACGCCCGUUGUUGAGAGAAACAGAGCAUUGCAUCCUAUUGCUAGGGAUGCUGUCGUGUCACCAGGGGAGCGUGGCUUCGAAGCACAUCUCUUCCGACGCAGUGGCGCCAAAGCUGGAGAUGUGCCUGCCCCUUCGUGAUCCGUUUAUGCAGUGUUGGUUCAUGUCUACCUUAGCUUGAAGAUGAGUGGAGCUACACUUUCCAAUGUGUGUGACAUGCUUUUAAUAAGAGGAAGGUGUAUUGUAACCUCAGAGCUGCAGACCGGCACAAAGCUUCAUUCACAAGCCACACACACAGCGGAUCGCACUACAAUUACAGAUAAGAUGUCUAUGAAUAUCACCCAUCCUCCCUUCUUCCACACACAAGACUCAGUUUCAACUGAAAAUACUCUUCCGCGGAAUGAUACUUCUGAAGAGCUUAACAUUGUUCUUUGCUGUGUGUACAUUGGGAAUACUUUGCUGGGAAUGACAGUCAACAUCUUGGUUAUGUGGUCGAUCUGGCCAGAAGUGAGUCGUUCACUGGGUUUGCCCAUUUAUGCCGCCAGCAUUCUCUGUGCUGCACUCCUGGAAUGUUUGAUCCUACCAUUCGGAGCAGUUUACCUUUUAGGCAGCUUGGCAGUGGGCCCUGUGGGCUGCUUUAUGCUUGGCUUAAUUCCCAAGGUUGCUCAAAGGACCGCAACAAUGUUCACUCUGUGGAUAUUUAUUGUGCGAUAUGUAGCAGUGUCUGACCCACUCAACUACAACAAAUUGUGUAAAGGCUGGGUGUUUGGGUCAGUCAGCAUUACAUUGUGGCUGACAGCAUUUACCAUUUCAUUAAUCGAGGAAGGACUUGCCAGAGACGAUGCAAAUUUCUGUUUUCCUGAUUACAGUUUCACAGCAGAAUGGGCACUGCCAAAGCUCAUCCUAUCAUUUCUUUAUAGCCAUCUAUCCGUCAUUCAUCUUUGUAUAUUUACUUACCUAAUCUCCCGUUCUGUGAGGAACUCUGACACAGUGCCCAGUGAACAAUAUAAGAGGAUCUGCAGGCUACUUGUUUUUGUUGUCAUUACUUUUGGUGUGUUUUUUUGCCCAAUGCAUAUUGUUCUGCAAUACUAUAACAUUAUUAUGUUACUUGGUGAAUCAGAUGUUCAGGUACUGAAGAAACUGCAUUUCUUUUAUCAGAUAAUGUUUGCUUUUAAUAGCUUUAGUGUGGUGAUCACACCUAUUUUUUAUAUCAUUAGUUCUAGUACAGUGAAUACAAGAGUUAUGGGACUUUUCAAGGGCAGCUAAAAAUGCUGAGAAAAAAAAAACCAAUGACAUUUUCUGUGGAUUUUACUUAGAACUUCAUAAUGUGCUUUGCUAUGGGUGAAAAUUGUGGCAAAUCCUCAAAAGCAACGGGACAUGGUGCAAAUUUAGAAGUCCACAACAUGCCCUCAAAUCUGAUCUUAUUUUCAGCAUGUGAAUGCAUCCUUAUGCAUAAGAGUGUAUCCUACGCUGAAAAUCUGCAACAAAUGCAACCUAUGUGAACAUGGCCAAAUAAUUUACAUUCAACCCAAAGCUUGAAUACGUAGGUCAUCCACUGGUUACCCAGUUCUUAGGAAAUGCCUCACAAUCUGGGGACAGAGAGAGGUUUAUUGAGUUCAGCUAAGAACGAUGAACCACAAAGGACUCCAAGUAUGUUCGGAAAACACAAUCCAAUGAUGUCAGCCACAAACAGGUAUAAAUCAAACUCAAAUACAUAUUCCCCAAAUUGUCAGCAAAAAAGUGAAGAAGCAGACCACUAACAGUGUGGAAUUGUGCAAGAUUGGCAAAGAAAUAAAGUAUAGAUACAUAACACGAAAAGAUACAUACAACACACUAUAUCAAAGCUUGAAUGGCAACAGUCAUGGUGAAAGCGAAGAAUGCGUUUCCUCCUGCUCUCCGCUGGAUGCGUCAUUGUGGUGUCUGAAUAGCUGAAUAAUGUACUGAUGGCCACAGUGUGUGUUCUUUAGUUUUGGUUCCCAUAUGCAGAAGCAAGCACAUCUAUAUACUAUACUUCCUUAGUGGUUACGUAGAGGUCAGAAUGAAAAGUGUGCUAUGGAAAAAAUAAUAUCGCUUAUAAAUGAUAUUGGCAUGGUGCCUGGGCUUAGAUGUUCUACACCGUAGGACAUGUUGACUAAUCUCUCAAUUUUAAAAUCUGUUUGAGGGUUUAGUGAGACUGCAGAGUGC